GAAAAUGGUAAAGGUCAUUCAGGUCAAGGUCAAAACGUAAAUCUGGUAUUUCGACAAAUUUAAUAAGAAUGUUGUUCCGAGGUUUAACAUCAAUAAUCUUGGCUAACAAAACAGGAUUUGUGUCCCUCACUAAACGUGCCAAGCGAUUUCACCUAAGUACUUUGUCAAAUGCUGAGGAGAAGAAGACUGUUACCCUCCUACCUGGUGAUGGUGUAUGGCCAGAACUCUUCGUUUGUGUAAAGUCAGUUUUUAAAGAAUUCAAUGUACCUGUUCAGUUUGAGGAGGUGAACUUUGGAUUUAGCGAUAAUUUAGAUCCAAAUGGUGGUCUCUAUAAUGCUGUCAACUCUGUUACAAAAAACAAGGUUGCUUUAAAAGGAAUUGUUCGUACACCUGUCGAAACUCAGGGAUCUAGUGCACUUAAUCUAAGAAUGAGACGAGCUUUGGAUCUGUUUGCCAAUGUUGUUCAUAUUCGUACGUUGAAGGGGAUCCCAAGCUUUCAUCAAAAUCUUGAUUUAGUCAUCAUACGUGAGCAGAUAGAAGGAGAGUAUUCAUCACUGGAACAUGAAUCUGUUAAGGGAGUAAUUGAGUCCUUAAAAAUCAUAACACGAAGUAACUCUGAACGAAUCGCAAAAUUUGCAUUUGAUUAUGCUGUCCGCAAUAAGCGUAGGAAAGUUACUGCUGUUCAUAAAGCUAACAUUAUGAAAUUAAGUGAUGGUUUAUUUCUCGAGACUUGUCAAAAUAUGGCCAAACUUUAUCCACAUAUUCAGUUUAAUUCAAUGAUUAUAGAUAAUUGUUGCAUGCAACUGGUCAGUAAUCCUGAACAAUUUGAUGUGAUGGUUAUGCCAAACCUAUAUGGUAACAUUGUUGAUAAUCUUGCUGCUGGUUUGGUCGGUGGUGCUGGGGUUGUACCGGGUGUAUCAUAUAGUCAUGAAUUCGCAGUUUUUGAACCAGGCACUAGACAUUCAUUCAAUUUGGCAUCAGGCAAAAACAUGGCUAAUCCAACAGCAAUUCUAUUAGCCAGCGCAAACUUAUUACAUCAUAUCAAUUUAGAAAGUUUUGCUAAUAAAAUUGAAACAGCUUUACUUAAAAUUAUUAAAUCUAAGAAAGCAUUAACUUCUGAUAUCGGUGGUUCUUCAUCUACAACUCAGUUCACAGAAGCAGUUCUAGAACAAGCUCAUAUUUCUUAAUUAUAUCAUACAAAGACUACUCUAACUUUUAACUUAAACAGUUAUCUAUUAGACAUAUGCUUUUUGUAUAGUAGUCAUAAGUUUGAAUCUAAUUUUAACUUAUGACUAGUAUUAUAGUUCCUUUGUACUGUGUAUCAGACAGUCAGUAGAUUAUUACUAUUGUUAAUGAUAGUAAAAUAAGCCGCUGACAUAUGUUAAAAUGUUAUGCUUGUAAAUAACUAAACAUUUACAAUUUUUUUAUUAUUUUCAAGACAGUAUCGUUGUUCUGUUGCACUGAAACCAAUCUAACUUUCUAAAUUC